AUGAGCGAAUUAGACAAGACAAGGACUGUCAAUGACCAGAAUACGGACGAAAAUACCUGCCUCAAGGAGCAAACGGCGGCGCAGGGUACCGCCGGGAGGGCCAAAUCGGUGCCAUUGACUAGUAACAGCCUUGGCCACCAACGCAGGGCGCUUGAAGAAGUUAAAACCAACUUCUCGCAAAAUGAGAAAAACGCAAAUGUCACAGAAUUGCGUGCGGUAUCCGCGGUGCCUACUGGCGUGGUACUAAGCACAAACGUUCAAUCCAAGAAGAGACAGAUAUACAGAGACUCACCAGAUGAAGAGCGAGAGGAGGUCGAAAUUCCUGUUGCGAAAAAGCCUAAAUGUGACUCUCCAGAUUGGAGAGAUCUCGAUAUAAUAGAGGCUCGAGAUCUUUGCAUGGUUUCGGAAUACUCUGACGAUAUUUUCUGCCAUUUAUACGAACGCGAGAAACAAACGACUCCAACUUACAAUUACCUUUUUGCCAAAGGUUGCACGGAGUAUCUCAGACCUUCACUGCGUGCUAUUCUAGUUGACUGGCUUGUAGAGGUGCACCUGAAAUUCCAAUUGUUGCCCGAGACUUUGUACCUUGGCAUUAAUAUAAUGGACAGAUUCAUGUCAUUAAAGAAGGUCUCUAUGGCCAAACUGCAGUUGCUUGCCGUGAGCAGUCUCCUGAUAGCCGCUAAGUUUGAGGAAGUUAACCUGCCAAAACUGUCGCAGUAUGCCUACAUAACGGAUGGCGCUUGUUCGACAGAGGAUAUGAAAAAUGCAGAGUUAUACAUUCUCACGACACUUGGUUUCGAGAUAGGGUAUCCCAGUCCGCUUAAUUUCCUUAGACGAAUCUCCAAGGCGGACGGCUAUAAUGAUGAAGCUCGUGAUGUCGCCAAAUUUUUCCUAGAAUAUGCCAUUUGUUGUCCCAAAUUUACAGAAGUCGUACCUUCUCGCCUAAGCGCAAUGGCCAUGUAUUGCGCUAGACGUUCUUUAGAUAAGCUGCCACGUUGGGAUAACACGCACAAGCAUUACAGCGGCUCCGUCGAUGCUUUAAAUGACAGCCAUUUUCGCGCUUUGUGCCGUGAACUCGUGGAAGAAAUCGCUGAACCCUCGACUCAGCUAAAUGCUCUUGAAGGCAAGUAUCGUAGUGAACGCAUGGGUAGUGUGUUUGAACCUGCUAAAGCUUGGUGUAACCUCAUGGCAGUACGGGAUUGUGUGGAUCUUUUCCAGGAACCUACUACAGCAGAAUAG